UAUUGAUCUUACAGUUCCUCCUUUUCCUCUCCUCUUUGCGAAAGCUUAUUCAAGAGAUCCUAACGAGAGAUUGAUGGAGGAAAACCUACCUCCUGGGUUCAGAUUCCAUCCUACAGAUGAAGAGCUCAUCACGCAUUAUCUGACAAGGAAGGUGUGCGAUACCAGCUUCACAUCCAAAGCCAUAGCAGUCGUUGAUCUCAACAAGAACGAGCCUUGGGAUCUUCCAGGAAAAGCAAGAAUGGGAGAGAAGGAAUGGUAUUUCUUCAGCGUGAGAGAUCGCAAGUACCCGACGGGGCUGAGAACGAACAGAGCGACAGAAGCAGGGUACUGGAAGACGACAGGAAAAGACAAAGAAAUAAUGAGGGAAAGCGCAGUGGUGGGAAUGAAGAAAACGCUCGUCUUCUACAAGGGCAGAGCUCCCAGGGGCGAGAAAACCAACUGGGUCAUGCAUGAAUACCGCCUUCACAUCAACCACUCUUUUAGGCCUUCUAAGGAAGAAUGGGUGGUUUGUAGGGUCUUCCAGAAAAGCUCGGCGGCAAAGAAAGCACAACAGACGUCAUCCUCACAACUAUCUCUGGACUCUCCUCCUGAUAAUACCUCUUUGGUCAAUGAAUUUGGGGAUGUUGACCUCCCAAAUUUAAACACCAUGACUGCAAAUUCAUCCAGUGGCGGCUUCACCGCCAUGUCCUCCCAAAUUUACAAUAGCCAUGUCAAUACGAAUAUGAACUUGACAUCUGAUCAUCGGCUUCCCUCUCUUCCAUCCCUCCCAUGGCCUUCUGGUCUGCUGAACCCUAACGUUUCCGUGAAUUCCUUGCUUCUCAAGGCAUUGCAGCUCCGGAGUUGUCAGCAAAGAGAAAUUGCAAUGACGGAUCAUUUCGUUUCAUAUGCUCCGCCUCAAGGGGUUUCCCAAGUGAUGGAAAGUACUAAUCAUCUCACUCCAAAUCUCAGACUGGAUGCUUCUUCCUCAUCCAAGGUUUUAGAUAUGCCACAGCAACAGCAGCAGGAGCAACCGUUCAGUCUGGACUCCAUUUGGUGAAAGCUGCGUAUUUAAAGAAUGAAGAGCUAACGUUAUUGUGUAAACCUCCCUUGUUGAUGUCCACACUUAAAUGACUCAACCCAAUCAUUAUUGUCGGUGUACGUAUUUACAGUGAAAAUAGGGUACUCUUAGGGAGUAAAAGCUCCUCCCUCAUUCAGUUGCUUUUAUAUGUUUCAGUGUUUGACACAGUCAAAUCUCAAGAAAAGAUCAAACCGGUCUGUACAAUAAAUUAAAUGCAGGCCUUCUGCCGGAUCUCUCUCCGAA